AUGCUGCCACAGAACAACAUUAUCGACAUUCGUGCUGUCAAGGUCGAAGACUCAAUCUAUGAGGCCGUGUUGAAAGACUAUUACCUGCGCCAUGAAGAGAUUCAUAUCCUCCGAACUCAGGCUCACAAAAUGACUCACAAGAUUGCUGAGAACAGCGCGAUCGUUGAUCUGGGCAGCGGGAGCUUAGACAAGAUUGUAACUCUUUUGGACACGUUGGAAGCACAAAAGAAGAAGUGCGCCGCUCUCCACGGAACAUUCGAGGACGGACUGGAAUGGAUCAAAGAGGACCGCGCGACCAGCGGCCGACCACACUGCGUGCUGUUCUUAGGCUCGACGAUUGGGAGCUUUUCGCGCGAAAACGCCGCCAACUUCAUCCGCAAGAUGGCUGCCAGCACUUGCACGUGCCCCGGUGAUCAAGGCUCGGUUCUGCUCAGUAUUGACUCCUGUAAGCUUCCGACCAAGGUCUUGCGGGCGUUUUCCUCAGACGCCGUUGUUCCCUUCACCAUGGCGGGUUUCCAGCAUGCCAGUACAAUUAUUCGAGAUGCUACUGGAGCAGCUGAAGGCCGCUUGACAGAUGUUUUCCAGGUUAAGGGCUGGUACUACCUCAGCGAAUAUGAUUCGGUACUGGGUCGUCACGAGGCCUCAUACACGCCCCGCGACCGUGAUAUCCAUCACAAAUACAACCAUGCGGAGCGCAAAGAGCUUUUUAGCAAAGCCGGAGUCGUCGCAGUUGAUGCUUGGGCUGAUUCAACCUGUGAUUUGGCUUUCUAUCAACUCAAGCUUGCCGACCAAUGA